AUGAGCAAUAGCAGAGGCUCAAACGCAAAGUUUAAUUUGGAAAGGAUUGUAGAAAAGGUUUCAAAUAAUAUUAAAAAUGAAGAAUCUGAGAACUUUUAUUAUAAAGAAGUUAGUAAUCAGGAAGAAACUCCUUUAAUCCAAAAUCAAGUUAGUAUAAAAGUUGGAGAUGAAGGCUUUAAACCCCAAUUGUCUCCCCCACAGUAUCUGUCAGAUCAAGAUGGGAUAAACGCUUGCCUUUCCGAAUGUGGAGAUAACGUAAUAGCGAGUGAUGAGAAUAAUAAUAAAAUUGCAGAUACAAAAAAGUUUAAGAAAAAAAUGAGUUCUAAUGCGGGCAUUAUAGAAAAUACUUCAUGUGGCGAAAAGCGAAGUCAAGAUUCUCAUCACGCCACUGAUGAUAAUAUAGGCCGAAGUAGAACUUCGAGGCGUCCAAAAAGUAGAAGUAGCAGCAGGAGAAGGAAGAGCUCUUCAUUAAGCACACAAUCUUCAAAAGGCAGUAAACAAAAACUUGAGAGGAAGGGACUUGAAACAAACCUCGAAGAGCAGAGAAUCAAAAGUAUUAUUAGUCAAAAGGGAGAGAGAAAAGAACGCCCCACACAAGAACAACUAAGCCUUGGUAGUCGAGCUGGUGGUGUUUACAUACCUCCUGCAAGACUGCGCGCUAUGCAGGCGGAGAUCAAGGAUAAGUCGAGUAAAGAAUAUCAACGCCUGACUUGGGAUGCCUUAAAGAAAAGUCUUAAUGGCUUAAUUAACAAAAUUAAUGUUUCAAACAUUAAAUUAAUUAUUCCCGAGCUCUUUGGGGAAAAUCUUAUACGCGGAAGGGGUCUUUUUGCCCGCUCCACUAUUAUUGCACAGCGCCAGUCGCCCAUGUUUACACCUGUCUAUGCUGCCACUGUCGCCAUUGUCAACACGAAGUUACCAGAAGUCGGCGGUUUGAUUAUCUCGCGGUUGAUUUGCAAUUUUCGAAACGCGUUUCGGCUUCUUUAA